CUUCAUGGACCGGAAGUGGAGGGGAAGUGUCGCGGGGCGCGCCGGGCUUUGCUGAACGCCGGCAGUUCCUGCCGUUGCCGCCGCCCUCGGCUAGUGCAGAGGCCUUCCAAAGCCGCCAUGUCCGCCAGCGCUGUCUACGUACUGGAUCUGAAGGGCAAGGUGCUCAUCUGCAGGAACUACCGUGGGGAUGUGGACAUGUCAGAGGUGGAGCACUUCAUGCCCAUCCUGAUGGAGAAGGAGGAGGAGGGCAUGCUGUCGCCCAUCUUGGCCCACGGUGGUGUUCGCUUCAUGUGGAUUAAGCACAACAACCUGUACCUGGUUGCCACUUCAAAAAAGAACGCUUGUGUGUCGCUGGUGUUCUCCUUCCUCUACAAGGUGGUGCAGGUGUUCUCUGAGUACUUUAAGGAGCUGGAGGAGGAGAGCAUCCGAGACAACUUUGUCAUCAUCUACGAGCUGCUAGACGAGCUGAUGGACUUCGGCUACCCGCAGACCACCGACAGCAAGAUCCUGCAGGAGUACAUCACUCAGGAAGGCCACAAGCUAGAGACAGGGGCCCCCCGGCCCCCAGCCACUGUCACCAAUGCUGUGUCGUGGCGCUCAGAAGGCAUCAAGUAUCGGAAGAACGAAGUAUUCCUGGACGUCAUUGAAGCCGUUAACCUCUUGGUCAGCGCCAAUGGCAACGUGCUACGCAGUGAGAUUGUGGGCUCCAUCAAGAUGCGGGUCUUCCUCUCGGGCAUGCCUGAGUUACGCCUGGGUCUCAAUGACAAGGUCCUCUUCGACAACACAGGCCGAGGGAAGAGCAAGUCCGUGGAGCUGGAGGACGUGAAGUUCCACCAGUGUGUGCGGCUGUCGCGAUUCGAGAACGACCGCACCAUCUCCUUCAUCCCGCCCGACGGAGAGUUUGAGCUCAUGUCCUACCGCCUCAACACCCAUGUGAAGCCUUUGAUCUGGAUUGAGUCUGUGAUUGAGAAGCAUUCCCACAGCCGCAUUGAGUACAUGGUCAAGGCCAAGAGCCAGUUCAAGCGACGGUCAACAGCCAACAACGUGGAGAUCCACAUCCCAGUCCCCAACGACGCCGAUUCACCCAAGUUCAAGACGACUGUGGGGAGUGUUAAGUGGGUCCCUGAAAACAGUGAGAUCGUGUGGUCCAUCAAGUCCUUCCCGGGUGGCAAGGAGUACCUGAUGCGGGCCCACUUCGGCCUCCCCAGCGUGGAGGCUGAAGACAAGGAGGGCAAGCCUCCCAUCAGCGUCAAGUUCGAGAUCCCUUAUUUCACUACCUCUGGCAUCCAGGUGCGCUACCUGAAGAUCAUUGAGAAGAGCGGGUACCAGGCCCUGCCCUGGGUACGUUAUAUCACACAGAACGGAGAUUACCAGCUCCGGACCCAGUGAGAGGUCUCUGCAAGCAGCCCCGCCUCCCCAGCCUCAGGGCACACCUGCCACACUCACCGACCCGGAAGCUGGAGGACGGCCCUGGACAGGCCGCCACCCUCUCCUUAAGCCUGAGUGGACUCACAGAGCCCCUUCCCUGGUCCCAUUCCGAUCCAGGUGGGAAGGAAGGGCCUGCCAGUCUCCCCCAGGGACAAGCCAGCUGGAGCUGAGCUCCUGGUGCCUCAUGACUGGCCACCCACCACGCUGUAGACGCCAUCUCCACCCACCUCCAGAGCCUCCUUCUGCUGCCAUUUUGCUGAGCAUGUUGGUCAUUGUCGACUGUCCCAUCUCCUUUCUUCAAGUGUCCUGUGCAGCUGCCACACUGAGGGCAGCUGCCCCCAGCCACACUGGUCUACGUGCGGGACAGUGGCUCUGCCUGGGCCAGCUGUGCCUCCCAUGCCAGCCCUUGACCACAUCAGUGUUUUCCUGGAAGGGCACAUGGCCUCAGCCUUUGCCCCAAAGUUCCUGGGUAGGCACAGGCUCCCCUCACUGUGCAAGGCCUGGUUGUCCUCCACCCAUGUGUGUGACAGUUACAUUAAAGUCCGUUUGUUACA